CAGAUUAUGCAAGUCGAGAAAGGAAUGACUUUUGAAAUAUACACAACAUCAGUCUUUCCGAUCGGUGCGAUGUUUGCAGUCACUCUUUGGCUUGGAAACACUGCAUACCUCUAUAUAUCUGUAUCAUUCGCCCAAAUGUUGAAAGCAAUCAUGCCGGUGGCGGUGUUCUUUCUUGGCGUAGCAGCUGGACUUGAAGCAAUGAGCUGCAGCAUGCUGCUCAUAAUGUCUGUGAUAAGUUUUGGAGUGUUAGUGGCUUCUUAUGGAGAAAUUAACAUCAACUGGAUCGGUGUUGUUUACCAAAUGGGAGGUGUGGUUGGUGAAGCUUUGCGGCUUAUUUUCAUGGAGAUUUUGGUUAAAAGAAAGGGCGUUAAGUUAAACCCGAUAUCUAUGAUGUUUUAUGUUAGUCCUUGCAGUGCUGUUUGCUUGUUUGUUCCAUGGAUCUUUCUGGAGAUGCCGAAAAUGGAGUCAUGGAGUUUUCAACCCUUUGUGCUAACCCUUAAUUCCCUAUGUACUUUUGCUCUCAAUCUUUCGGUUUUUCUUGUGAUACAACACACAAGCGCGUUAACCAUUCGGGUCGCUGGGGUUGUUAAAGAUUGGGUGGUCGUGUUGCUUUCCGCGAUUCUUUUUGCCGACACAAAGCUCUCUCUAGUCAACCUCAUCGGUUACGCUAUAGCCAUUGCAGGUGUAGUUGCAUACAAUAACUACAAGUUAAAGAAGGAAGCAUGUGAAGAAAGUCCUGAAAAUUUCAAGCUUUCUACAACCGGAACCCCUUCUUCCUCGAAAUCAUAUUCUGUUUAA